AUGAAGUAUCACGUCUGGCCUGAGGGAAUGGCGUCCAAGUGUGGGUGGAGUGGGGAUUUGGUCGUGCCGUCGUCUAACCUAGGUGCUGAAGUAUCGCGGGGCAAGGGAAUGUGUGGAAGUGUGGAUACCUUGGACUGUUCCCCGCCCCCGGCGCUGCCUCCGCGGCGCCCACCUUGGCCCCCCAACAAUCUGAGUCCCUCAACGCUGAGGAUCCUCGGAUCUUCAACGUCUUCGUCGCAGCAGGUGCCGCCCCCACCUCCACCGCCGCCGCUGACACCGCCCAACUAUCCUGCGCCCCCACGGCCUCCAAGUCGUAACGGUGGGGAUGAAGCGCGCGUCGCGAGGGCGGGAGGAAGCGGUCGCGGAGCACACUGCUGUACCCUCGCUAAUGGAACGACGUCGCCAAGAACGUUACCUCCUCGCGCGGGCUGGGCAGUGCGUACGACAAAUACAACCCACUCAUCGCCAUUUCAGCCAGCGACAUCACCGACAUCAGCAGCAGCAACAGAGGCUGCAACACAAUGGGGUAGCGAACGAGCACUUUGUUCGUCGCUUUCAUCAAAGAGAUUACCAAUUCCGAGUCCAACGACAACAAGGUCAGACACAUCCACCACGGACGCGCUCGUCAAUGCGAACGUUAGACAACAACAGCAGCAGCAGCACGAUAAUCACUUCCAUCAUCAUCAAAACAGUCUCCUUACGAACCGUACCUUAGCUCUUGGUACAAGGAGCUACCGUACCGAUUGCUCGCUCCCCAUGUCGCGGAAUGCAGUAUCGCCGCCAUCGCGGCCGCCCUCAUCCGCAUCAUCAAUUUCAACCACUUCAAAUAAUUUGGCCCGCGUACACGGCCACGAUCACACACGACCCCUACCACCGCCAAGAUUGCCCGACACAACUGGAUUGCCAAAUUUUACACCAUUAACAAUACCCCUUGCACCACUAUCUUCAUCAAAUAGUUUCCGAACAAAUUCCCGAAGAAUUCAAAAUGCAGACACAAUUAUCAGUAGUUUACCCAAUUCAACAGAAUUGGGUACAACAACAAUUGCCACCGCAAGAAAUCGUUCCACGAACGAGUCAUCCAGGAGUCCGAUGGGCGAAGUCACACUCACAGUGCCAAGGCCCGAUGGCGAUAGAAUAGCCAAUGAAUAUGUUGAAACACCAUUUAGACCAAUUCUCCUGCAAAAUAAUCAAGGUAGAACAUUAUCAGCCGCCGAUACUCCAAAAUGUCCAAAAACCGAAAGGAGACUACAACAACAACAACAAAAGGCUGCACACUAUCACAAUAGUCAUCAUCGUCAUCAGUUACGUAGGCAAAAUCAUUUAUUACAAUCGGCAGCGCCCGUUGGCAAUAAUACAAUAACAAAACAACCAGUUUCAUUCACUAAAGAACCAUCAAAUGCAACAUCACCAAAUUCAAGGGGCACCGAUUCAACUGGACUAUCAAUAAUGUGCGAUUUUUGUGGUCGUUGUCGUUGUGAAUCGUGUAGGGAACCACCACCAUUACCCAGCCGUUGGCUUUGUGACAAUUCGUGUUUUUGUUCAGCCGAAACUGUUUUAGAUUAUGCAUCAUGUUUGUGCUGUGUUAAGGGUUUAUUUUAUCAUUGUGCCGACAGUGGGAGUGGCGUUGAAUCAGAGAAUGGAAAUUGUGCCGAUGAACCAUGUUCGUGUACUGGUUCAAGAAAAACGGCAAGAUGGGCAUGCCUUGGAGCAUUAACUCUAGUUCUACCUUGUUUGCUAUGUUAUUGGCCAUUCAAGGGUUGCGUUGCAGUUUGUGAGGCAUGUUACGCGAGGCACAAGGCUCAAGGUUGUAGAUGUGAACCAACAACAUUGGGAAGGCAUCAUCCUGGUGUUGGUGUAUUGAGAGACUCAAGGGAUCCAGAGAAACGACUUCUUGAUCCUGUAACGCCCGAGCUGUGAAAUGGUGAGAAAAAAAUAGAUCAAGUGAUGUGAUUCGAGUGAUCGCGAGUGACCAAAUAUAUCGCGAGUGGAAAAAACAAAAACAAAAUAAAACUAAAGUUGCUGCAUUUAACAAUUAAAAAAAAAUGACUUGAUGUUUUUGAAUGUAUGUUGAAUUUAUUUAUUAUUCAGCACGCGUAAAAAUACAGGGAGAAAUAGCGCGAUGUGCUGCCCUCGUAUAUAUAUAUAUAUACUCCUCUCGAACGACAAAAACGUUUACGCAUAGAUAGUCUAUAUUUUAUAAAUAUAUAAAUAUUAUAUAUGAAAGAAAAAGCAGAACUAAAAUAUAUAUUGUAUAUUACAUUUGUAUAAAGAACAAAACUUUUCUACAGUUAAUUUAUUCGAGUGCGUAUCGCGAGUAUAAUCACACAGGCAAUGGAAAAGGAGAGAGAGAGAGAGUGAGAGAGAGAAAAAAGUGGGUGAGAUGACGGUUAACAAAAUUUUAAGAUAUUUUUUUUCUGUUACCCCACUCUACUCUAGAAGGGCAAAGUGUAAUGGUACUAUGGAAAAAGUUAAACUAAAUUAAAGAAAAAAAUUUGCAAUUUCUUUUGUCAUCUCAUUCACUUGGGAAUGUGUGGAGGGUAAAUGUAAAAGAUGAGUGAAAGAAUUAAAAGAGGAUCUGAGGGAAGGAAAUGACGGUCGUGUUGACUCUAUUAAUUUUUUUCCAGUAUUAUCUAGUCUUGCGAACGUUUUGUCAACGUGAAACUGAAUAGGCUUCUAUCGACCAAACGCGAGUGCAGAAAGGACGAAAAAAAAACAAAAAGAUUCGUCGUCGAGCCUUUCUCGCAAGUUGGGGUCAAAUAUUAUGUAUUGCGCGAAGCUGUGAAUGUUGUGUGCGCAAAAUAGGGACUUCUGACUUGUAAAAUGCCUCGGCUAUAUAUAUAUACUUUUAUAUAGAUGUCGAGCAUAUUUUUUCUUUAAAUUAAUGUAUUUAAAACAAAAAUGUAAUUCUAAUUUAAUAAAUUAUUCUCCGUAGGUCUCUCACAUGCUUUGGACUAAAAAAAAAAUCGGACUGAAGGGAUUCAAGCUUUAGAGAGAGAGAAUGUGUGUGUGUGAGUGAAUGCGAUCGUUGCGCCACCCCGUUGCGAGAAAAGCCCCACCUGAGCAAUAAAAAAAACUUAUUUCGAAAUUAUCCUAUUAUCAUAUAAAAAAAAAAAUUUCUUCUCUAACAAUAGUCAAGCGUCAAGCUUGAAAAUUAGGUGGAGCAGCGCGUAUAACAACAAAACACAAAAAAAAAAAAAAAAAAAAACUACUAUACUCUGUAUGCGGACAUGUUGAUGUAUAAAAUAAAACUAGUUAGGUAGAGUCCAAUCCAUUAAUGGCGAGAGAUUCAAAACACAAAAGUUGUUUGCCUCUAUACAAAUGUCCUUUUUUUUCUAUUGAAAAAAAUAGAGAUCCUUCUUGCUCAAUAAGUUAUGAAUUAAAUGAAAAAAAAAAAAAAAAAUGAAACAAAAGUGACAGAACUAAUUUUUUAAAACUUGGACUGAAUUUGUAGAAAAAUGGACAUUAGUUGAGACAUGCGACUUUUGUGAAAAAAAAAAAAAAAAAUAAGCGAAUCACAUAUAUGACAGGCCACGAGAUUUCUGUUAACAGAGAAAAAGAGGCUCGCCGAAUGAAAUAAACCUUCUAUUAGCUUUUAAGUCCUACACGCUCUGUAUAUGUCUUGUAAAUAUAUACUUGAAAAAAGUCGACUAAA